GAAAAUGAAAGGUGUUGAGAGAGAGGGAGAUAGAGAGAGAACGGAGGUUUAGAGAUAAACAGUAGAGAGAGAAAAUUUUGGUCCGAAAGGAAAGAAAAAAAUGGGUAAGGCCGAAAACCUGAGGAGCAAGAAGAAGAAAGGCCGACCGUCUCUGUCCGAUGUCCGGCACCGGGAGAAUCAUAAAUUUGCUUCCACUUCCACCCGCCGGAACCCUAAUUCGAAUUCCGAAUCUCCGCCGCCCGAAUUCGUCGGAGACGACGACGACGACGAGAGGAAGGAAAAGAAAGUCAAGCUCGUCGUCCGCUUGCCAGAGUCUAACAAUCAGCACCAACAUUUACCCAAUUCCUCCUCCGGCAAUUGGGCUUCCGAGUCCGACCCGGACGGCGACAACCGUGAGGCUUCCGUUAAGAAGCGCAAGAUCAACGCCGUCAAUCGCAGAUCCACCGACGUCGUUCUGGAUCAGGAAGAAAAGGGUCAGAAAGGGACCGAUACUCAAGGGUCGCCAUUGGUGUUCGGCCCCACAGCACCUUUGCCAGACAAAAAGUUGUUGGUUUUCAUUCUGGACAGACUUCAAAAGAAGGAUACAUAUGGAGUGUUUGCUGAGCCUGUGGAUCCGAAUGAGUUACCUGAUUAUCAUGAGAUUAUUGAGCAUCCAAUGGAUUUUGGGACUGUCAGGAAGAAGCUUGAUGGGGGGCUCUAUUCAAACCUUGAGGAAUUGGAGGCCGAUGUUAUCUUGAUAUGCUCAAAUGCAAUGGAGUAUAAUGCACCGGAUACUAUUUACUUUCGGCAGGCACGGUCUAUUCAAGAUUUAGCGAAAAGGGACUUUGGGAAUUUGAGGCGUGAAGGUGACGAUGGUGAACCACAGCCCAAGGUAGUUCGUAGAGGAAGGCCCCCAAGUAAAAAUAUGAAAAAGCCACUUGAGUCAUCUCCUGUUGAUUGUGUUGCUCCUGAGCUUUCCUCAGGUGCUACUCAUGCUAGUGGGGAGGAUAAAGCAAUUGGAUCUAAUUCUUACAAUCUAAGAAAGGCAACUCCAUUUUAUAGGUUUCACUCUACUGAUGCAUCUUUAGGCCAUCGAUCACGCAAUGGAGAGAGUUGCUCUGAAUGGUCGAUUGAUUGGAAUCAGGAAUUUCCAGCUGCCAUUUUGAGGGCGGACAUGAAGUAUGGAAAGAAGCAUUUUUCAGUAGUAGAUGAGAACAAGCGUUAUACCUACAAACAAGUGCAGCCUUCUCUUUCUGGAAAUGAAUCUUCUUUAUUCAGUAAUGCAAAUGGAGACGUGAAGCAGCUAAGUGCUGUAGGCCUUCAUUCGGAGCCGCAUGCCUAUGCAAGAAGCCUUGCCAGAUUUGCGGCAAAUCUUGGGCCUGUUGCCUGGAAAGUAGCUUCGAAAAAGUUGCAGCAUGUUCUUCCACCUGGAGUUGAGUUUGGCCCGGGAUGGGUGGGAGAAGGUGGAGGACCACCGCCUCCACAGGCAUCGUUGCACUCAAAUGAGCAGCAGAACUCAUCAAACAGCUUGGCAUCCGAUCACCAUUCUAGUAGACCGGUAACUCCACCGGCACCUAGUUCGCAUUCAGCUGCUGCGGGGGUGGCUUCUGAAGCAAUGAUAGAAGCGGUGAGGAGAUUGAAUAGCCAGAAUGAGAUGGUGGGCCAACGUGGCAUGUCUUCUUGGACAACCCCGGGCUCUAGCUCUAGCUCCCAGGCUCAGCAACAACCUUUAUUUUAUCCUCCUUAUAGGAAUGGUAUCAACGGUGUUCUCGGGAAUGAUUUACCAACUCAUAUGGUGGACCGGGCAAAGUUAGGCACCCCAAAAAUGCACACUAGACUGCAAGAUGGCUCGGUGCCUUCUCACAUGAUUGGCAUGGUUUCUGGAAGUGACGCUUCAUCAUCUUCUCUUCCAGCACCCCGGAGCCAUUUGAGUUCAAUGGGGAAGAACUUGCCAGAAUCCGACACAAGGCUCUCUGGUGAAUCGGGGCAGCAUAGGCAGUGUUUUCCAGUUCCACCGGACCUGAAUGUCAAAGUUCAGCCACCCGGAUCACCAAGUUCCGGUUUACAAAUUGGUUCAUCCCAGCAACCUGACUUAGCAUUACAGCUAUAACGGGCUUUAGCCAUUCCCUUCGAUUUGGACAAAGUUAAUGUCAGGUAAAUUAGCUCAACCGAGGUACACAAUGAUAACUUUUGCAUGUUUACUAGGAACCCACAAAAGAAAAAUCUUGUACAGAUUAUAUGUUCAAUUAUUUUUAGGUUAAAACCAUGGGGGAUUUAUUCUGUAACAUUUGAAUCAAAAAUUUAGUUUUAGAGACAGAAGAGAAAGAAUUUAAUAGCUGUAGAAUACCAUAUAGAAAUGGUAGGUUGAAGAAAGUGGUCUUUAAUAAUUUAGAAAUGAUUCAUGGAUACCAUUUUGUGUUAUUUGGAAUUCUAGAGUAAUAUUACACAUACUUUCACUUUUUCUUC